CCGGACGACGACUGCUAGGUACCCUCCUGUCUAUGGUCCUCUUUCCCUCCCGGGGGACCUCCGGAGAUAGUUGGACUACCUCCUUUACCAGCCCAGUGGCUGGGCAUGAUGGGCCCGGUAGUCCAGGGUCCCCGCUGUUUUAUUCUCUUGGACUUCAGGAUGUCUACACCGCCUCUAGCAGGGCCAGGAUUGCCUCCUGGUCCAUUUUCUGGGCCUCAGGGUCAGGCUGCACGAGAAGUGAACACAGCUUCAUUGUGUCGCAUUGGUCAAGAGACUGUGCAGGACAUUGUAUUCCGCACUAUGGAAAUCUUCCAGCUGUUAAGAAAUAUGCAGCUUCCAAAUGGUGUCACCUAUCAUACGGGCACAUAUCAAGACAGAUUAGGAAAGCUACAAGAACAUUUGCGCCAACUCUCAAUACUGUUUCGGAAACUGAGAUUGGUAUACGAUAAAUGCAAUGAAAAUUGUGCAGGACUUGAACCUAUUCCAAUAGAGCAGCUCAUUCCUUAUGUGGAAGAGGAUGGCUUUAAACAUGAUGACCGAGGAGCCACCAACCAGCUACUCUUCGCUAGUGAAGAAAGACGGGAAAUCAUGGAAGUUAUCAAGAAACUGAAACAGAAGAAUCAACAGCUGAAGCAAAUCAUGGAUCAAUUGCGGAAUCUCAUUUGGGACAUAAAUGCCAUGUUGGCAAUGAGGAACUGAAUACGUUUUCUUUCUAUCUCAUUGUGGUAUUUGAUGUCAUUUGUUACAGAAGAAUAAUUUUUUAAAGAAGACCACGGGUAUUCGAUUGUACCUUAAAUAAUCAUGUAUAUAUUUGUUAUACUUCAGUUAUGUAUAUUUAAGCCUUGGAAGUUCUAGGCAAUGGAUAAAUUCAAUGUCAGCUUUAAUUUUCA